GUCCGAAUUACUGGACUGAGCCUACAACCCGAAAUCGGCCCAUCUAUUCUAAUAGGAUCUUAUUUUCUGGCGGCUGUGUUUUGGUAAGCUAGGAAUUGGCUCAAAAGAGACGGAGACGGAUUCGCAAGACCAAAAUACCCAGAAAUUGUGCUGAUUCCAAGUAUAUUGCCAUCGCUGCCCUUGUUUUCACUCACUAUUACAGCUCUCCUUUCGUCUCAUUCCGUCGCGAUACCAAACGUGGCCUAGGGGUUUUGCCUAAUUGUGAACCCUAAACUGAUCAACGGCGGUCCCGCCGCGCUCUUCCCGGUGCUCGUGGAAAACUCCAGCAUCGCAGUUACGAUUGGCGCGAGGACCGCGAUUCUCUCAAGACUCAGGAUUCUUCUCUUGUUUGGGGGAUUUUCUUCCCCUGCUUGGGUUCUUCUCGUGGAAUUAAUAUCUGUGGAGUCGGGGAUAUAGGGGAACGGAUCUGCCCGAGUGAGUGUUCUACAGCAGAUAAAGCCAGGUAAAGGGCGAUCAUGGUGGGAUUUAAGAAUAGGUACAUGGUAAUGGAGGUCUUUUUGAAUCCUAACAGAGACCAUGUGGGUAAUGAUUGUAUUAUAAUUACCCAGUUUAAUGUGUCUAAAGCAAUAAAAGAAAGCAUCCUGCUAAACUUUGGGGAGUGUGGUUUGGCCUCGUCCGUGGGAUCAUUCAUGGUCAAGUAUGUCAAUCCAAUCACCAAUACAUGCAUCAUUAGAGUCUCAAGAGAGGAAUAUCAAAAGGUUUGGUCUGCUAUUACAAUGGUCAGAAGUAUUGGGAACUACCCAGUGACUUUUAACAUGUUGGACCUGUCUGGGAGUAUAAAGGCUUGUAGAACUGCUGCCUUGAAGUGUGAGGAAUUGAAGUUUGAGCAAUUCAAACUUAUGGUGGGAGAUCGUCUCUCGACUGAUGAUACCCAGCGCAUGCAUAAUUAUCUUGAAAAGAUCAAAGUACUGGAGCAUUGAAUACUUGGCCACCUACCUCUUAAGAUAGUUGAUGUUUGAUCUGAAAUUUUGCCUGCUCAUUCAGAAUAUAGGAUUUACAAGGCUGGUUUUUAGAUGUUUACAAGUGUACAGUUCCCUGCAUUUACAUUUUAGUUUUGACUUGCAUGAGUGGAAAAAAUUCUCGGAGAGAAAAAUGCAAAAAAAUCUCCUUUAGAGCAAGUUACUUGCAAACUGUGUCUUGAAUUUUCAAAACUGGAAAUUGAAGUCUAUUGAUUUUUUCCCCUUUAAUGAUAUUUACUCAAAGAUUCGUUGCCAGCGGAA